GUUCAGCCAAGGUCUUCAGCUCCCACUACUUAGCACCCCGGCCAACGCUGUUCGUGGCUCACUGCUGUCGACUACGGCCAUCAACUCCUGCCUCAAUGGCGAUGCAUGUGGGUUCUAUCAUAUGCCGACGUGCCCGAGGUGCAAAAGCCGAUACAUGCCCAGAGAGCGUGUUCCAAGUAAAACAAACUCCUGAUACGCCUCCAGCUGGCCGCGAGGGACCUGGAGAUCCCUCACCCCACCACCCCACUCCUGUCGUUUCGACUCCAUCCAUGGCCCAGCACCGUGCUACCACGGCCCGCACUUCCUUCCACCGCCUGUCCCAUCCGCCAUCGCGUCCUGGCAGAACGCGGCACGAAGCCUCAUACCCCUCUGAUCAAGAGACCGACGUUCAACAGCCUGCCUGCCACGCCCUCGUGCUGCCUUUCUAUAGUUUGUUGCGGAGGGGCCCGCAUGUCACGAUGCUGCGACGCCUGGCUUUGAACGGCCGCGGCGUGACGUCCUCCGGGCCCCCAGAAUGGAACAUGGCUGCGACUACUUGAACAUCAGCAUGCCUCAUUGCUGUCAUCACUUCAUCUGUCGCCAUUGAAACUCUUGCCCUACAUAGUAUUUCCACCAAAUCCAGAAACUGUUGCCGGAGUCACGAUGCCGGAAGCCCCCUUGCCAAAGGACUUUUUGUGGGGGUUCGCGACUGCAAGGUACCUAGCCCCACCUCAGACAGUCUCAUCAACCCCCACUA